AUGGACAAUCCAAGCAAUGGCCACAAAGUCUCCGACUUGGCAACAAAUGGCACACAACACGAUGGGCCCGCCGAACGGAAGCUCAUUUUCAAGACUUCCCCCGAGAAUUUCACGGGCUACCUGAGCGAUGUUCGAUUUUCGUCUAUUGAAAAUGGUGUCUUCCACUUUGUGAUGACGACUAGUGAGAAGAUGUCAAACGGUUACAAUACGCUGCACGGAGCUGCUACAAUGGCGCUGAUCGACAAUCUGGCAUCGUUUGCCAUUGCCGAAAUUCUUCCGGGCGUGCGAGUGGCUUGGGGAAUGGAUAUUUCUGCUACAUACAUGCUUCCGGUAGCCAACCACGACGAGAUAACCAUCAUGGUGAGGCCCUUCUGCCGUUCGUUUUUUGGUUACGUCGACGUGGAAAUAACAAGAAAAAGUGAUGGGCGACUUGCUGCGAAAGGGAAAAAGUCGAUUUCUAUUUUGCCCGAACUCAACAGCCACCCCGGCCCUUUCAUGCCGAUCGCCACAGCGCUGCCGAAAACGAGACGAAUUCCGACGAGAGUUUCCGACCCCGAGGAUCUGAAAACAGCCCAAGAUUUCUUCACGCGUUUGCUUUCGUCGCCGACCUACAACCGUACACUGAAAACGGCGGUCCCCGUAGUUGUGUCAAAGCCAGGCUGCGUGUUCGAAAUGGUAGUUGCUGAUUCGGUUGCCGAUGAUAAGAAAAAUCUGCAUACUUCGGCCAUCGCCUCAAUGCUCGACGUCUUCACGGCAAUAAACGUCAUCCUCUGGGUGCCCGGUAAAAAUGUGCUGUCGGUGGAUAUGUCAAUGAGUUGCGUCGAAUCGAUUCCGGUUGGCGGUACGGUUGAGAUUACGACGAAUGUGCUGAGGGUCGGAAGAACCCUUGGUUUUGUGGAAGCCGAAUUCAGGGAUAAAUCCAAUGGCCACAUCAUCGCCCAGGGACGCCAGACGCUUGCCCUGGUUGCCAAGCCCGCGCCACCACCUGACACUCCGAAG